AUGGCGCAGACUUAUGGCCAACAGCAACAAGCACAACAACCUAUAGAGUACACCUUACCGGGAGUAAUCCAUUUUCUCCAGUCGGAAUGGAGACGUUUUGAGCGAGAUAGAAACGAGUGGGAAAUAGAACGCGCUGAAAUGAAGGCUCGCAUAGCACUAUUGGAAGGAGAACGUCGAGGAAUUGAAAAAAUUAAAAUGGAUUUAAUGAAACGAGUGAAAAUGCUAGAAUUUGCUUUGAGAAAGGAGAGGAGCAAAUAUUUGGCCGGUAUAGUUUCUAGUCCAUCAUUGACCAAGGAGUCAACUACAGUGUCAGCACCCACAAAUGAAGAAGGACGUGAAUCCGCGCAGCCUUCAGGGCAAUCUACUUCGCAACCAAAAAAUCUGGCGUCGACUAGGGAUCCUAAAUACCGUUUAAAAAGUCGUGAAAUACUCAAAGCAUGUUUGCAAGAGAUUGAUUACCUCACGAAUGCUGCGACGAGCAACACGCCUAUAAUUAACCGUCUCCCAAAUCAUCCAACCGGUUUGGAUGGAAGCAAUGUUUCAACGCGAAAGUCUAAUAAUAGAAAUAGCGCAGUCUAUGUUGGGUUGAAUUCUAAUCCGUACAAUGGAAUGCCGCUAAAAAAACCCGGCAAUGCUGUAAUAAAACCAUCCAGACCUGCACCUUCAACACCGCUAAUAACUUCAAGGAAUUCAAGCCCGCCGUUGGAAAACCCAAUGUCUUCCGCCGGAGAAGACAUGGACAUUGUUUUUUCAGAACAGGAGGAAGCUCCUUUCUUUCCCGGGUCGGGAAUAGAAUUGAUCAAGAGAGAUACGGGAUUUACCAAUGAUGGACAGUCUUCUCCUGUCGAGUCGGAGCUAGAAAAGAAUUGUAUUUUAGACAUUACCCCUGGGGAAGGUGUCCCAGCAGAUAAUGGGAUUGAGGAGCCAGUGAAAAAUGCUAAUUCGGUAAAUGACCGUGAUUACGAUAAAAGUGAUGAUGGUUCAUCCACCAAUAGAAAACUCAAAAAUGAUGCAGGAUGGAAAAUAUCAAAUCAAAUCAAGAAUAAGAAUAAAUUAGCACAUUCAAAAAGUGCGGAAGAAUUAAAAGAGGAAGAGGAACAAUUGGUACGUGAACGACAAACAACAACAAUAUCGUGA